GAUGGUGACCCUUGUCUGUUUAAUUGUUUCUAGAUAAAUCUCCAUCUGACUGGUUGGAUGUAUGUAUGACACUCAUUCUCUCUUCAUGCUAAUUGUUUUGAUGACCUCAGAGAGGGUAUCUCUUCCUAUUGGUUUCUCUCUCCAUAUCUGCUCUCUGUCUAUCUGUCUCUCUCUGUGUCUCUGUCGAUCUGUGUCUCUCUCUGUCUAUCUGUCUCUCUCUGUGUGUCUCUCUCUGUCUCUCUCUCUCUGUAUUUCUCUAUCUCUCUGUCUGUCUCUCUCUAAUUUAUAAUUUUCUCUUUCCAUGUCCUUCAAUUCUCUGUCACUGUCCCUCCCUCUUUCAUCUUUACUCUCUCCCUCUCUUUUAUUACACCAAGAGUCCAUUGUGUGCUUUCUGGUCUUGUUAGGAGAAAUUGGAAUGUACAAAAAUCACAUAAAAGAUACCAACAACAACUGCAAUAAAAGCCUUCUCCCUGACCAUAAGGAGAAGCUGAUCCAGGCUAUUAAAAGAAUAAAGCAUGAGGUAGACGAGUGCUGGGAGGCAGAGAGAGAGACGUACAUAUGGUCUGUUGGUGUAGAGAGAUGUUUUGAUAAUCUGGAACGGGAGGUCCGGGCUGAGUUCCAGAACCUCCAUCGCUUCCUGGACGAAGAGGAGACCAUGGACAUGGAGCGACUGAAGAAGGAGAAAGAGAAGAGGGUGAAGCUGCUUAGGGAGAGGGAGAAGAAGAUCGCCAUGCAGGGAAGAGAUCUGGAGAGAGGCAUUGCCACGCUAAACAACAAACUGGCUGAGGAAGACAGUCCCAGACUGCUCAAAGAGAUUCAAGACCUCUUGAAAAGAUCCCAGGUGGCUUUCAUACCCCCUCCGCAGGUGGAUGUGGAGGUGCGAUCAGCACACUUUGUGGGGCCCAUCCAGUACAGGAUAUGGAAACACAUGAAGAGCUGCCUGUACCCGAAUAUCACUGAAGUGACCUUUGACCCAGAGACAGCCCACCCCCUCCUCACACUCUCCCCCAGCUGCACUUCUGUGUGGUUCGAGGAGGACAAAGUUAUCCCCAAGGCCUCGGAGGAGGCGCAGCCCCCCAACCCUCGCUGCUUCCACUACUACUACAGUGUCAUGGGCCGAGAAGGCUUCAUCACCGGACGCCAUUACUGGGAGGUGGAGGUGGGCUGCAAGACAGCGUGGCGGCUGGGUGUGGCCAGGGAGGACGUUCACCGGGGGGAGAUGGACUCCAGCGGGACCAGUAACGGUCUCUGGACCCUAUCCCUGAAGGGAGGGGCCAUCUUGGCCUGUACAGACCCCAAACCCACCAAGGUCCCGGUGUCCAUCAGGCCCAUCCGGAUCGGAGUGUUCUUAGACUGUGAGAAGGAGGAAGUAGCGUUCUAUAACGCUGUUACCAUGACGCCGCUGUACACAUUCUCCAUGGAAACGGUGUUCGUUCCGCUGAUCCCCUUCUAUAACCCAUGUGACACGGACGAUGGGAGGAACCUGGGUCCCCUAAAGCUCUUCAGCCCCUCUAUAUGAGAGUACAGCGAACCAAGGUUGUACUGGAGUAUAUGUUGUUUGGGGAUGUGGUGGAGUGAUAGAUAGAAUUUGGAAAUGGUUUGUUUUAUACAGUGUGUGUUUCAGGUAUAAUUUCAUAGCUGGCUGGAAGCAUGAUGUAAAUUGUAUCUGUUAAAAAAAUCCAAUGAGUUUAUGAUAUGCAUUUACCAGGGGAGGCUGGUGUAAGGAGCUAUAGGAGGACGGGCUAAUUGCAAUGGAAUGGAAUCAAUGGAAAGGAGUCAACGAGGUUUCCAUAUGUUUGAUGUGUUUUGAUACUGUUCAAUUUAUUCCAUUCCACCCAAUACAAUGACCCUGUCCUCCCACAAGCCUCCACUGACAUGUACCUACCUACACAGUUCUAUGGUAUAGCACUAUCAAUUCAUGUUUAUGCCAUUGCGUUCAGGUGUUUUCUUUGUGGUUUGAAUAUUGACAUUUUAUUGGCAUUAAACACACAAAUAAAUAGAUAAACAAAUAAACACAAAACCUUGGUCU